UGCGCAGCUUCCCGGGACUUGUUGCUCUCCUCGUAACUUCGGGGCUGGAAGGGUGCUUUGGUUGCGCCCCUUGUGGUGAGGGGGCGAGGGGACGAGGGGACGGCGGAGGCUGCGGCCGCUUCGGUGCAGGGGAAAGAAAAAAUGAACCCUUUCUUUUUUCUGGGUUUUGGACAUUCUCAUCUAGUCUACUUCUGGAAUAUAAGCGUACCUUUCAACUCAACAAAUGAUACAUACUGCUACAGCACUGCCCGGGGCAGUACGGUGCUCCAAGGAAUAACUUUUGGUGGAAUCCCAACUGUCCUCCUGCUUGAUGUAGCCUUCUUUUUUAUAUUGAUAUUACUGUUUUCCAUUAUAAGAAAGAGAUUCUGGGACUACGGUCGUGUUGCUCUGGUAUCAGAAGUUGAAAGCGAAUCAAGAUACAGCCGGUUGUCAACAUCUUCAUCAGUACCUGAAGAUCUUGAGUAUGAUAGGGGGUUUUGCUCUUGGGUGACAGCUGCUUUUCGGAUGCAUGAUGAUGAGAUUCAUGAGAGAUGUGGUGAAGAUGCAAUACAUUACCUUGCCUUCCAGCGUCACAUCAUCUGUUUGUUGAUUGCUAUCAGCAUUUUGUCUGUGUGUAUCAUAUUGCCUGUGAACCUAUCUGGUGAUCUACUUGAUAAAGAUCCCUAUAGUUUUGGAAGAACAACUAUAGUAAACUUACAAAUUGGUAAUAAUCUUCUUUGGCUGCACACAGUUUUUGCUGUUUUUUACCUGAUUCUGACUGUUGUCUUCAUGAGACAUCACAUGAAGUAUGUGACAUAUAAAGAAGAAAACUUGGUUAAAUGCACAUUGUUUGUAAGUGGUCUUCCAAAAAAUGCAAAAGAAGAGACAAUACAAGGCCAUUUCAGUUCUGCCUACCCCACCUGCACUGUACUGGAGGUCCAGCUAUGCUAUGAUGUAGCCAAGCUUAUUUAUCUCUCAAAAAAAAGAAAACAGGCAGAAAAAAGCCUAACUUACUAUGAGCACCUGCAUCAGAAGUAUGGCAAGCGGGUUCAAGUCAACCCUAAGCCAUGUGGUCAGUUCUGCUGUUGUGAAAUGAGAGGAUGUGAAAAGGAAGAUGCUGUAGAUUAUUAUACCAAGGUUAGAAAUGAACUGAUGGAAGAAUAUUCAAAAGAGGAGCAAGCUGUUCAUAAUAACCCACUGGGAAUGGCUUUCGUAACAUUUCAAGAGAAAUCCAUGGCAACCUAUAUCCUUAAGGAUUUCAAUGCCUGCAAAUGUCAGAGUAUUAAAUGUAAAGGAGAACCCCAACCAUCAUCCUACAGCAGGGAGCUGUGUGUAUCAAACUGGGAGGUUACAUAUGCUCCUUAUCCUGAGAAUAUUUGUUGGAAAAAUCUUUCCGUGCGUGGACUGAAAUGGUGGUUUAGAUGGGCUUGCAUUAACUUACUACUUUUUAUUGUGCUGUUUUUUCUUACUACUCCUUCCAUAAUCAUCUCAACCAUGGAUAAGUUCAAUGUCACAAAACCUAUUCACUACCUUAAUAAUCCCGUCAUCAGUCAGUUUUUCCCCACACUCUUACUGUGGUCCUUUUCAGCUUUGCUACCAACAAUUGUCUAUUACUCAACUUUGCUGGAGUCCCACUGGACAAAGUCUGCAGAGAACAGAAUAAUGAUGCAUAAAAUCUACAUAUUUUUGAUCUUCAUGGUAUUGAUUCUGCCCUCCCUUGGUCUCACCAGCCUUGAUUUUUUUUUCCGUUGGCUGUUUGACAGAGAAUCCUCUGAUUCUGCAGUCAGGCUGGAAUGUGUCUUCUUGCCUGACCAGGGAGCUUUCUUUGUGAACUAUGUGAUUGCUUCUGCGUUCAUUGGCAAUGGGAUGGAGCUGCUGCGCCUGCCUGGCCUCAUCCUUUACACCAUACGCAUGAUAAUGGCCAAGUCCACAGCAGAAAGGAAAAAUAUUAAACAGCAACAAGCAUUUGAAUAUGAAUUUGGAGCAAUGUAUGCCUGGAUGUUGUGUGUGUUCACUGUCAUCAUGGCUUAUAGCAUUACAUGUCCCAUCAUUGUCCCGUUCGGUUUAAUAUACAUACUCCUGAAGCACAUGGUUGACCGCUAUAACCUUUACUAUGCCUAUCUCCCUGCCAAGCUGGAGAAAAAGAUGCACAUUGCAGCUGUGAAUCAGGCCCUUGCAGCUCCAAUUCUUUGCCUUUUCUGGCUCUAUUUUUACUCAUUUUUGCGGCUAGGCUUUAAAGCACCUACAACCAUGUUUACCUUCCUGGUUGUCAACAUCACAAUUGUUAUUUGCUUGGCUUAUACCUGUUUUGGCUGUUUCAAGUACCUGAGUCCACUGAAUUAUAAGAUAGAAGAUGCACAAGGUGAAAAAGGAAAUGACACAGAUGUACCAACCAUCCCAACAUCUUCUGUAAGAAAUGUACGUCCCCCACGUUUUGCAUCCUCCUUCUACAGAAAGGACGGUAUUUGCUUGCAAGGAGCAGCAGUCUUAUGGCUCCAUGGACAACACUGCUUCACAGGCAGAAGAUGCCAUCAACUAUUCUGCUCGACCUGCAAUUGCUGAGCAGUCAUAAAGAGGUUUGCUUUGAAUGCCAAGGACGAACGCAAGGUGGAGCACUUGGUCCAGGUUUAGGAGAACAAAUUCCCCACCACAACCUGCUAGCUGUUGUUUUAUUUACAUAUCCCUGUCUACACAAGAGGUACAGAAAUAAUUAAUAGUGUGGUCUGCAGCUGUGCUUAGAGAUUAAAAAGAGAGAUGCCUUGGCACUGAUAAUUUUCCAGACUCUCCACACAUAUUGUGGAACAAACAUGUUGAACGCAGAGAUGCUGAUCCUCAGGGACUUCAUUUAUGCCAUCUCAUCACUUGAAUUAUGAAGAUAACAUACAUUGUAUAAAGGUAACUGGUCACCAAGGGAAAUGCAUCUGUUACAGCUGUCACCUAUUUACUCAAAAUAAUGCUUCCUUUUUAAAAAAAACAGAACAACUAAAAAAAAAACAAAACAAAAAAAACCCACAAAACUUUCGUAUUUAUAAAUAUCUUGGGAUGUGUUAAAUCCUAAGGCAGUGUCACUUUUGGUUAAAAUGCUGUUUUGCAUGAGGGUUGAGGAAGUGCAUGAGGGUGUGUGGAAGUCUCUUCUCUGUCACCCAAAGUAGACAUAGUGUAGACUUGACCAUGGCUGUUACUUUUUUUUUUUUUUUUUUAAUUUAAAAGAGAUGAGGGAGUUACUAUGCACUUGAGUACUAAAGGUACCAAAGCAAAAAUACUGGUGUAAAGAAGGGAGUGAUUUAUUUGAUACUGUGUUUAUUUUUUAAUUUUUUUGAGGCAUUUAGGUGGUUAGUUUCUGUUCACUAUUCUUUAGGGACUUCCACAAUGAAAGUUCACCUGUCAACAAUAAAAUAUGUAAACAUUUAAUCUUAAUCUUGGGUCAAAAUGAUAGAUCUCAGGGUUUUCUAUAUAGUGCCAAUUAUAGGAGCUGUAAGAUACUAAGUUUUUUAAUAAUGUAAUAGGUGCCAAUUUAUUCCAAAAUCCAUUGUGUCAAAGUGUAACUAAUAAUCAUGAAGCAAUAAAAACACUGACUUCAGGGAAA